AUUUAGUGUAAUUAUAAUUUUUCAUUUAUUACGUUAAUAAAAUAUAAGCCUCUUCGUAUUGUGUUUUGUUAAAAACUCUUGAUUGUCUGAAAAAUCCACACAAAAUCAUUUGCUUUUUCUGUGGGUUAAUUUAAAUAUUUAUCUAGUCAUCAUGGCAAAUAACGACUCAUCCUUGGUCAUUUCCCUUGAAACUUUGAACUGUCCUUAUGUGAUAUCCAAAGAAUUGCACUCCAUUUUGUCAUCUGUGUCAAAAUUGGAACCUAUUGCUACACUUCAUGAAAUUCUUGAAGGACUGAAGAUAUAUAUUAUGAGAAAAAAGCUGUUCAGUCCUCUUGAUCCUUCAAAAAUUGUUUGUAAAACUGAUGAACUUAGAUCUGUUUUUGGUGUUUCUGAGUUUUCUGUCCAAGAUUUGAGAAAAAUCAUACAAAAACUAAUUGUCCCCGAAGUCAAUCAUAUCAGUUCAUUUUCUCAAAAUUCUGGUGCUAAGGGAGAUGGUGCAAUAAAAAGAACUUCUAAUGGUGAUUUGGUGAAAGACGAUGAGAGUGUAGUAGCUAAGAGGUUUUGUGAUCCAAACGGUUCACAACAAAAUUUUGUAUCCAGCAGUUCACCUUCUAAAAUGUUUCUAUAUAUUCCUCCAACCCCUGAACGAUGUGAUUUUUCAGAUCUUCCUGAAAGUAUUCAGGGCUAUGAAACUGAAUAUGUCAAAGAUUCGAGUGAUAUUUCAUUUUGGUCCGACUCUGAGAAUGAUUUUUUCUCGAAUACUGGUGAAACAGUCGCAACUGCAGAUGUGUUUGACAUUGAAUAUGAAGUUGAAUAUUCAAGUGAACAUACUGCAUUGCCUUCAGGAACUGAUACCGAUGAUGAAGAGGUUAUUCUGAACACUGCAGCCAUCAUUUCUGUGCUGCAGAAGCCUGACAGUGACUUUGAGUUUUGGGCGGAUGCGAGUUCAGAAGGGGAAGAAGAUGAUGACGAUGAUGAUGUAGAAAUUCCAGUGUCUGAUCGAUGGUUAUGCAGAACUUGUGGCAGUCUCAACAAACCACCCAUGAGAUAUUGUUUAGCAUGCUUUGAUCAAAGAGCUGGAUGGUUGCCUGAAAAAAGGAAAGAUUAUGAACUGUGGAAAAUGGCUUUUAGGAAGAAAAGGCAAACUGCUAGGGACAAGUACCGAAGCAGAAAUCCUCAUGCUAAAUCAAGCGAGCACCAUUCUGAAGACUCUUCAAACUCUUUCGAAAGUAAAGACUCAGACUUUUCAGCGGAAUCACCAAGUUUUUUCAACUCUUCUCAGGAAACUGUUGAUUCCUUAGGUAUGUCUCAAGGUACAUCUGCCAGUUCGUUGUUGAACGGCAUCAGCUCUUCUUGUCCGUCUCUUCAAACAUCUGGCUUUGAGAGUUCUCAGACAGAGACGACACAUGAUUCUGCUGGUUUAUCACAAGGUUCUUCUUUAAGCCUGUCUCAAAAUGAUUAUAAUUCUUCAAACCCAUCUCUACAAUCAAAUGACUUUUUAAGUUCUUCGCGGAGUGCUGAUUAUUUUGUGCAAAUUUCUGGAGGCAAAUCUAUCAGUUCAUCAGAAUUAGGAGCUUGUUCUUCCAGUCCUUUGGAAGCAUUCAGCAUAUUAAACUCAUAUGAUGACUGCAAUUAUCCUUCGUCUCAAGAGCGCUUGAAUGAUCCUAAGAAUUUGAGAAUUUCUUUAAGCCAGAAGGGCAAUGCAGAACUAAAUAUUUCACCCAGCGAAAAGUUGUGUAUUAUUUGUUGUUCGAGUCCUGCAUUGGGUUCCAUCAUACAUGGAAAAUUUGCACACCAAGCGACAUGUUACAGGUGUGCACGGACAUUGCAGAAGCAAAAAAAGCGGUGUCCUAUUUGCCGCAGAAAUAUUCAGAAAGUUGUGCAUCAGAUAGUGUGAUCCAUAACUCUGAAAAAAUCCCUUUUUCCUCUAGGUUUCUAAAAGUCUUUGCUAUCUAAUUAGAUCCCUAGUCCUCGCAAUAUUUUUAUGAACUGCAGAAAAUGUAAGAUUAAAAUAGGAAAUAUGUUUAUUUUACCUACAGUAAACUCCCGAUUAUCCGCAGAAUUGGGUGGCAUAAGUGCCACAGAUAAUAAAAAUCGCGAAUGAAUGGCAAAAAGGCGAAAAUGAGGGACUAAUAAGGUAAAAAUUUUUCUUCCUUAAAAACUUAGUUGUAUUGAUACAUCCUUUCUUCAAACAGUGAAAAAUAAACAAUACAGUAAAAAUAUUUUGUAUUUUUGCACAACAGAACUUAACAUCAAUACAGAACAAGUGUACAUACGAUGAAGAAAGCACAAAAAAUGAAUAGAUAAAUAAAACAAAAGCAACUUAGUUUAAAUUUGCAGUUUUUCACCAAAAAAAACAGCCAUCGGUAUUUGCUUUUUACUGCAAAAAUACAUGUUGUUGAUCAACUCGCGGAUAAGCUGCUCUACGGAUAAUCCAUAGUCUACUGUAUUUAAUAACCCAUUGCAAAAAUGUUUAACUAGUUAAAUUGUUCAUAAAACUUCAAAGAAAUUUCCAAUUCUUUUUUACAAUAAAAGUGAAAGAAAGAAAAAAACACCCAUUGGAGUUAACUUUUCAAUGGUUAACUUAGUAAUAAAAAUAUUUUUUAAUUGCAUGGCAAAAGGUUUGUAUGUAAAGUGGAAAAUUUUAUUUGUGUAUUUAUUUAUUUAAUCUGCUUUGAUUUCUUAAUUGGUUAAGAUUUUGCUUAACCCAUUUUCGGCCAAAGGUGCGUAUACGCACCAUUUCAGUAAAGAAUUUUUAAUUAACGCUGUUUCGUAUAUUUUUUACAAAUUUUAUUUUUAUGCUAUUUUAAAAGGUUUUGAAGGCAUCUAUAAAAUAAUAGUAAUUCAUUUGGAGCAAGCACUUUCUUUGGAGAAAAUUUCAAAAUAUGCUUGUUUUUUACCUUGAAACGUUGACUGUCAAAUUCGACUUUUUGAAAUUGUAUAAUUAAUCCACUUGAGAUUAAUCGCACGUUCUUAUAAAGAGUUAAAGUUGUAAAUUCUAUAGAUAAAAUAAAAAUUAAAAUAAUGUCAUAAAAAAUCUUAUAAAUCAUUAUUCAAAUUUAAUGGUGCGUAAACGCACCAUUGGGGGGGGGGGGCGAAUGCAUGAACAAUAAUCAAAAAUUGAAAACCUAGUUUUUAUGCAAGAAAUCGUACGUUUUUUUCUUUUUUUUUUGCAAAUUGUUGUAAUUUCAUUUAAAUUUGUCUAAUAGAUGUGUCUAAAUCAUGUGUCCUAAUAGAUUUGUCUAUUUUUUUUUUCAAAAAAAUAUGCUAAUGACAAUAAUAGUCACGAUUUCCAAUUUUCCGCAACCGACUUGAAAAGAUUUUUAGGCAUACUAAUUCUUUCUGGAUACCAUUCUCUUCCCCAAGCAGAUAUGUACUGGUCUUUAGAUGAUGAUAAAGGACUGCCAAUAAUUUGGAAAAGCACGAGUCGAAUCAGAUUUAAAAACAUAAAACAAAAUAUCCAUUUAUCCGAUAACUCUUGCCUUGAUAAAACAGACAAGUUCGCUAAAUUACGCCCAUUUUUCCAGCAUAUAAAAAAACGUAUCUACAAUUUGGAAUCUUUUCUCAAAAUUUGUCAAUUGAUGAAGAGAUGGUGCCUUAUUUUAGAAGGCAUUCAUCAAAAAUGUUCAUAAAGGGAAAGCCAGUAAGGUUUGGAUUCAAACUUUGGUGUUUGUGCUCAUCAGACGGAUACCUUUUCCAAUUCAUUCUGUAUGAAGGUGCUGAGACUAGCAGUAAUCAACAAAAAAUGCCAUUAGGAACAAGUGUUAUUAUGAAAUUAUUUAACGUUGUUCCAAAACCUGAAAUGCGCAAAAUAUGUUUUGAUUACUUUUUUUCUUCCUACAGUUUAUUCCAAAUUUUGAAAGAAAGGUUUUAUUUUUCUUUUUUUGCAUCUGGAACAGCUCGCGAAAAUCGCAUUGCUGAAUGCGUAUUGAAUGACCCCAAAAAUAUUAAAAAAAAAAAAAAAACUCGGGGCUCCUAUGAUUUUGCAUUCAACAAGGAUGCAAAGACAUUGACUAUCAAAUAGAACGACAAUGCUGUACCAGCAAUUGUUACCAUUAAUGGGACCGUUUUGCCAAUUGUAAAUGCCAAACGCAUAGCCGCAGUGAAUGAAAUGAAAUUUAUAUUUCACAACCCAACUUUAUUUUGGACUACAAUAAGUAUAUGGGAGGCGUUGACCUGCAUGACAAUGCUAUAGCAAAUUACCAGAUCAGAAUUCAAAGCAAAAAAUGGUGGUUUCCAUUAUUUACAAAUAUUAUUGAUAGUGUGAUAGUGAAUUCAUGAAAGCUACAUAGAAUUGCUAAUAACACAAAAAUGCCACUUACAGACUUUAGGUCAUACAUAGCGAUUGCCUUAUUAAAAGCCGAUUUCAAGGACAAUCUAUUUGGGGAAAAUACGGUACAAAUAACACAUCCAAACAAGGGUCGUCUAUCAUCCACAGCUCUACCGAAAGAAAUACGGUCUGAUAUAAUCGUAUAUACCAUAAAUGAACACGAAGAAGAAGCCUGCAGAUGAUGUAAAGUGCGCAAAAACCACAUGAUUUAUUUGUGCCUCAAAUGCAGUCCAUUUACAUCCAAAAUGCUUCGAAAAUUUUCAUUUAAAAAUGUAAAAAUUCGACUAAGAAUAAUAUUGUUCCACUGAAAUAUUUGUUCAUUGAUUUGGCAAAUGGUGCGUAUAUGCACCAUUUUAUUUUUUAAUUAAAUAUUUUUUUCAAUGCAAGAAACUUUUUGUGUCUUAAUGGAUGUA